AUGCCAAUUUUGAAAAUUGUCACCGGCGGAGAUUCAUUUAUUAAAGAAAUGACAUUGUGGGUCGCAUGUAAAGCAGUUUCGUUCGGCACAAUUAUAAUUGUGCUGGGUUUGUUGAUGACCAUCCUUGGAUAUUUCGAUUAUUAUUUUUCUGAGGAGAUAAGAUUUAACAAGGAAACAGCAAAAAAUGAAACAACAAUAAAUUUAGUAAGGCAUUAUCAGUUGAAAAGCCUUCAAUAUAUUGGGCCAGUUUUGAUGGGAAUUGGAUCAUUUAUUUUUAUUAUUGCCUGUGUGAUAACACUCGAAAAUCGUGAUAAACAUGCACAAAUUUUAUUAAAUGAACCGAAGAAAUCGCAAGAAAAAGUGAUAUCAUCGGAAGAUGCUGAAUUUAUUGGUUUUAGCGAAAAACGAAAUAAAUUAUUAAAUGAAAUAGAGAAGCGGAAUUCGGUGGAAUAUUCAGCAAUAGAAUCAAAACUAUCUAACGAGCGAAAAUAUCCUUCAGCACCAUGCAUGCCUGAGAUAACGGAGGUCGAUGAUAUGAGAAUAAAAUUAUGUAAAUCAUACAUAAUUUAUUUACUCAAUAUCAGAGAUCAAAUUGAUGGUUCUUUUCGACAAAUUCAUUCCCAACGAAAUAGCCCAAAAUUUUUAUUCGGGCAGCCAAGAUUUUUUCCAAAUGAUGAUCUUCCUUUUAUUGAAACAAAUACUAUUAAAUCGACAGUUGUUAGUAACGAUAAUAUUGCUUUGCUUCGUGCUCCACUAGCUGUUGUUGAAAAUGAUUUAUAUUCUUCAUGUUCUUCCUUAUCUGUAGCUCAUAAAAAUGAUGAAAUGAUUAAUUUCAACAAUGCUAACAACAACUUAUCAGUUUUACCUAAUGGCUUAUGA